GUAAUAACUCAUUUCUCAAACCAUACAAUUUACCGAUAUAAACUAUAAUUUAUUAAUAUUGAGUUUUUACUUUUUGAAAAAAGUAACCGGUUGUAUGCUUUGUUACGUUUAUCGAUUAUGAUGUAUUAGAACUUGUUAUUAUGUUAAAAUAACUAAAGAAAUAAGAGUGAUAACUACGUAACUACACGUUCUAAUGAGAAUUAAAAAACAUUAUGUGACAAUUUAGGUGAUGACUAUUAUUUAAGAAAGAUAACUACAACAAUGAGUGAGACACUUAGAACUUUAAAAGAACAGUCUAAAAUGAGGAAAAAAUUAUUGGCAAAAACACUUGGGUUUUCUGGAGUGCAACAGUUACGACGUGCUUUAAAUACUCGAAGGGAAAGAACAAUAGUGCGUCCAAUUUCUAAAGCUGUUAACAAAUGUACAGUACAAUCGAGCAUUCCUGAAGUAAUCUAUAAGGACUCUUCAACAUUUCUGAAAGGCACUCAGUCUUCCAAUCCACAUAAUGAUUAUUGUCAACAUUUUGUUGACACUGGACAGAGGCCGCAGAACUUUAUUAGAGAUGUUGGUCUUACCGAUAGAUUUGAAGAAUAUCCCAAACUUAGAGAACUAAUUCGUUUGAAGGAUGAACUUAUACAACAAACUGCUACUCCUCCGAUGUUUUUAAAGUGUGACCUCAAUUCGUUUAGUUUUAAGUCGUUAAACAUCAAGUUUGAUGUUAUACUAAUUGAGCCUCCACUUGAAGAAUAUCAACGUACUAUGGGAGUGUCAAAUACUAAUUUGUGGAAUUGGAAACAGAUAAUGGAUUUAGAAAUAGGAGAAUUGGCUGCUAAUCGUAGUUUUAUUUUUCUUUGGUGUGGUUCCUCUGACGGCUUAGAUAUGGGCCGGGACUGUUUACGACGCUGGGGUUUCAGACGCUGUGAAGAUAUCUGUUGGAUAAGAACCAAUGCAAAAAAUCCUGGUCAUUCUAAAAAUUUAGAACCAAGUGCACUCUUCCAACGUACUAAAGAACAUUGUUUAAUGGGUAUUAAAGGUACAGUACGUCGUUCUACUGAUGGUGAUUUUAUACACGCUAAUGUUGACAUUGAUUUAAUUAUAAGUGAAGAAAAUGAACAGAAUUUGAUAGAAAAACCAGUUGAAAUUUUUCACAUAAUUGAACACUUCUGUCUCGGUAAAAGAAGGUUACAUUUAUUUGGUAGAGACAGUACAAUUCGUCCAGGCUGGUUAACAUUAGGUCCAGAAUUGACAAAUUCUAAUUUUAAUACCGAAAUGUACAACGGAUAUUUUAAUAACGGUCAUGUUACUACUGGCUGUACUGACCGUAUUGAAGUACUACGGCCAAAGUCUCCUCCGCCAAAAUGUAAAAUACAAAUGGGUGUCAGAAAAAAUAUUUCCUGUAUGAACAGAGGAAGAGGGCGAAUUUGAAAUUUUUAUACGCAAGACUGAAAAUAGUUAUUUAUUAUACUAUCUCUCUACCUAAUGCUUCAUAGAGGGCUUUAGUAAUGUUUAUAAUAUCAAUUGUAUAUAUUGAUGUAGGGAUUAAAGUGACAUAUAGUACUGAUAUGAGUUAAAGUCUGUUUUUACUUUUUUUUUUUUUUAUGUACAUGAUAUUUUUAAAAAUGAUAAAAAUUGUAUACAUUUUCUGUAAUAAUUGAUGUAUUGGCUGUGUACAGCAGUUAUAUAAAAGUUUGAAUAUCGUGAUUAUUCACAAUUGUUUGUUUUUAUUAAAGUAUUUGCCUUUUUUUAUUUAUAUUAUUAACAG